AUGGGUGGCGGUGACGGAUAUCGGACUGUGGCGUAUUUCGUCAACUGGGCAAUCUACGGUCGCCAGCACAACCCUCAAGAUCUCCCGGCCGAGAAAUUGACCCAUGUGCUCUAUGCCUUUGCCAACGUGCGACCGGACACCGGUGAAGUAUACAUGACGGACAGCUGGUCCGACGUCGAGAAGCACUACCCGAGCGACUCCUGGAACGACAUCGGCACCAACGUCUACGGCUGCAUCAAGCAGCUCUACCUCCUCAAGAAGCGCAACCGCAACCUCAAGAUCCUGCUCUCCAUCGGCGGCUGGACCUACAGCUCCAACUUCGCCGCGCCGGCCUCCACGCCCGCCGGGCGCCAGCGCUUCGCCCAGUCGGCCGUGCAGCUGCUCAAGGACCUCGGCCUGGACGGGCUCGACGUUGACUGGGAGUACCCGCAGGAUGACGCGCAGGCGCGCGACCUCAACUUGCUCCUCCAGGAAACGCGCCGCGAGCUCGAUGCCUACGCCGCGCAGCUGCGCAACAGCGGCGCGAACCCGAAUGCGCGCUUCCUGUUGACGAUUGCGGCGCCGGCGGGCCCGCAGAACUACUGCAAGCUGCACCUCGGCGCCAUGGCGCAGCACCUUGACUUUAUCAACUUGAUGGCGUACGACUUUGCUGGGUCGUGGGACUCUUGUGCUGGCCACCAGGCGAACCUGUACCCUUGCCACCACAAUCCUAAUUGCACCCCUUUCAAUGCCGAGCAGGCUAUCCGUUAUUAUGUUCAGAACGGCGUGCCUGCGUCCAAGAUGGUCGUCGGCAUGCCGCUGUAUGGCCGUGCGUUUCAGAAUACAGACGGCCCCGGGAAGCCGUACAGCGGUGUUGGCGAGGGGAGCUGGGAGAAUGGCGUGUGGGAUUUCAAGGACCUCCCCCGCCCCGGUGCCCACGAACACUACGACCGAGACGCGUGCGCGACGUACUGCUACGACCCAUCCACGCGGACCAUGGUGUCGUACGACACGGUCGAGAUGGCGGUGCAGAAGACCAGCUUCAUCCGCGACAACGGCCUCGGCGGCGCCAUGUGGUGGGAGUCGUCGGCCGACAAGAAGGGCGAACAAAGCAUCAUCGGAAACGUGGCGAAGCACAUGUGCGGUUACGAUGGCGGAAAGGCCGAGUUUGUCGAGAAUAACUUGGCGUAUCCGGACAGCAAGUUUGAGAAUUUGAGGAAGGGGAUGCCGGGUGAGUAG